AGCUAUUACAUGGAACUCGGAUAUACUACCAACUUCUCACACUGAACUGUAAUACUCUUCCCCCUCUCAGCUGCUCUCAACAACUCUCCUGAUAUGAACUAACCAAAACAACCCUCUUCUAACACCACUAUUCCUCACUGAGGACUCCUCAAACUCCUCAUUAGCUCACUAUAUCUCCUCCACUUCCACCCCAUCUCCACCUAACACCCCACCCACACCACCACUGGUGGGGCCACCACCCCACAGCUCCCCACCCGCAUGCUAUGGAGUGGGUACCUGAGGAGGUUAAGAUACACAUCCUCUCCUACCUUCCCCUCUCUGAUCUCUGUCAGGUCACUCUCCUGUCUCGAUACUGGCACUUCCUCGCUCUUGAUCACUCAUUGUGGAGGUACGUCCCGACUAAUGAGCGAACUACAGACGAGACAUUGUACAAGAUUAUGGAGAAACACUGUUUCAUGACUCAUUUUAACUAUGACAACAGUAGUGAAAUAACGGAGACAGGAUUAUCUAGAGUCUUUGUUCAGUGCGGAAAGACGCUCACUCACAUCUACCUGGUUUACUGUGAUGUUUUAUCGUCAGACCUGAUCAGUGUAAUAGUGGACUACUGCGUGUCGCUUGUUCACCUUGACAUCAGUGCUAACCCCUGUGUUGAUGAUGCCACGAUGUGUCAGCUGGCUAACUGCCUGAAUCUCUCGUCUCUGAACAUUGCUAACUGUGACCGGGUCACUGACGGAGGGCUGGAGAUGUUAAUCAGUCAGCGGCCCCUGAGGAAGCUGAACGCUAGUUACCUCCUGGACGUCAGGCUCAGAACUAUAGAGAACCUCAUCAGCUUCUGUCCUCAAACUCUUCACACUCUUUAUCUAGAUGGAGGCAAUCUCCGUGACGAGGACGUUGCAAAGAUAGGACAGUUAUCUGCGCUUAUGUCGUUAGAGAUUCAGUACUGCGAUGAGAUAUCAGACACGGGCGUGGCGGCGUUAUCUCAACUCUCUAAUUUACGUGCGCUCCGAUUGUACAGGAGUUUUAACUUGACAAGUUUGUGCGUUAGUCAGCUAGCUGUCAAACUACACUUCCUUACUGACCUCCUCUUAAGUGACUGUUCUGAGGUUGACGACAGAGGGUUAGUUUCAAUAGGCCGACACUGUUCCAACCUGCGUGAUCUGGAACUAACACAGUCGUACUGCCAGACACUCACAGAUGUGGGACUUAGUGCUGUGCUGGUGGGCUGCCCUCGACUCCAGCGUCUAGUCUUGAAGGGACUCAAGGGGGUCCGGACUUUUAUUACUCUAGUACCAGUGCUCGAAAGAAGAUGUCUGAGGUUCCUGCAUCUGGGGGGUUGUCAGAACAUACCAGUGGUGCUGCUAGAAGCAGUAGCUGCCUUCUGUCCUGAUGUUCAGAUAUUCGGCCACUACGCUAACAAGGUCAAGAAGUCUGACUUUGUAAUGGACUGUCUGAGAAAAACUGCUCAAGAUGAGGAGAGUAGCUCUGAAGAUAAGGACUGUGGAUGAACGGUUGAGUUUGUGUAAGGAGCAAUAAGAUGCUGUAAAAUGAUACUAAAGGGUAUGAUAGGAUGUGUAUUAAAGUAUUAGCGCAGUGAAGCAAGGGACGCUGCAUGUGCUAAUAUUACUUGACGACAUUAAUUAAAUACAAUGGUUACUACGCACUUUUUCUGGGACUAAGCUUUUUUUUCGGUUGUAUAUAAAUUUACGCAUGUUAAAUAAAAAGUAUUUUGUAUUAUUUUUACCGAAUUUCAAUUUAUUUGAUAGUAUAUUUGAUGGUGUAAAGAAGUCGGUUUGGGUUAAAACUGGUUCAUAUUUUAAUCAUUGUUAUUCUGGAUAAUAUAUUUUUAUGUAAUUUUUUAUCGCGAUCGGUUGGCGUACACAGUUCUGUGACCCUAUAAGUAUAUUUUGAAAGUGUACUUUGAGAAGUGCACAUGAUGUUGCGUCCUUUCUGACGGGUUGUGAAAACUUUCCAGUUUCCUGUUCGUUAUUUUGCUAUUUUAGCAUCACUUAUAGUGGCACAGUCUGUGGUAUAGGGAUUGUUCAUAUUUAUACGUAAGCUUGCUUUAA